AUGUCCGCCGAAGCGGAAGUGAGCGAUGCGCUCAACAAGCCUGUCGAUAGCAAUGCGCAAGCCGCUGAAGAUGCGAAGAAGAUGCUAGAGGAGCUGUCUGGCGAGAAGGCUACCAAUGGUGAUUCAGAAGCGAAGCCUGCGGAGAAGGAGACUACCAAUGGUGCUUCGGAAGACAAGAAGGAAGAUCAGGCCGACGAAGGCGAGUCAGACAAGCGAGACCGCUCUCCAGAGUACCGCCGAGGUGACAGACCUGGCCGUGGUCGAGGCCGUGGUCGAGGCCGCGGUGACUAUGGUGAUCGUCGAGGUCGUGGAGGCUACGGUGGUGAUCGUCACGAUCGUGGUGAGCGACGCAACAACAUCAAGUCUCAGUACGAGCAGGAAGAGUCAGACGAUCCGGUUGCCAUUCGCAAACAGGUCGAGUUCUACUUCUCAGACUCUAACCUUCCAAGAGACAAGUUCUUGCUCGGUCAGGUCGGUGGCAGCCAGAACAAGCCCGUCGAGCUCAAGAUCCUCCACUCGUUCAAGCGGAUGCGCCACUUCCAGCCUUUUGAAGCAAUUGUCAACGCCAUGAAAGAGUCAACCUUCCUCGACCUCUGCGAGGAUGACACCUGCGUUCGCCGCAAAGAGCCUCUUCCGGAAGCACUGGACAAUGGUCCAGACAAGGAUGCCAUCCAGAUCUUCGAAGACCGUGCUAUGCCCCGCAGCGUGUAUGCCAAGGGCUUCGGCGAAGAAACUCCAAGCACUCAGUUCGACAUCGAAGCCUUCUUCGCCGAGCACGGUACGACGAAUGCAGUACGCCUGCGACGAACCGAUGACAAGACCUUCAAGGGCAGUGUCUUCGUAGAGUUCGACAGCGAGGAAACGGCCAAGAAGUUCCUUGAGAGCGAUCCGAAGCCAGCAUACAAGGGGAAGGAGCUCCAGAUCAUGAGCAAGAAAGAGUACUGCGAAACCAAGGUCGAGGACAUCAAGGCUGGUCGCUUAGCCCCGAACAAAAAGUACGAGAAGGGUGGACGUGGUCGGUACAACGACCGUGGCGACCGUGGCGGUCGUGAUAAGCGGAAGCGCGAUGAUGAGGACGAUCGAGACUGGCGAGUCCGGCGGGACGAGGAUCGAUCCAAGGGUUUCAAGGAUCAUAAGGGUCGUGAUCGAAAUGGAAGAGAUCGCAGAGAUGACAGAGAUCGGAAGGACUCCAAGUAUAAACCCGUCGAGAAGGAUGACCGUGGCAUUCCGGUUGUCAAGACCAGCGAAGACAAAGAUGCCCUGAAAGCCGACGCUCUUGCCAAGGCUAAAGCUAUGGUUGAGGCCGAGAACAAGAAGCAGGAAGGAACAGAGCAGGAGAACGCCAAGCAUGGCACCAAGCGAGAACGCGAGGAGGACGCUGAUGACGCUGGCGAGCGGGAAGUCAAGAAGGUCGACACCAAGGAGGUCGAGGCUGCUGCCUAA